AUGACGAACCCCCAACCCUCACCCAUAACAAUCCGCCUCCCCUCCAAAUACACCACCCCCACCGACCCCCCAAAAACAACCCCAACAACAACACCCUUCCCCCCACCACCCCUCCCCUUCCUCCAACGCACCUGGACAGUAACCCACUCCACCCUCAAGAUGUGGCGCACCGCCCAAAACGUCCGCAUCACCUACGGCGCCCUCCCAGCACCACCACCACCCACCAAGAAUAGCAACACCCAACGCGCGCGCGUCUCAGACACGGUCGAGUACGAGGCGCUCUCGGGCCGCGGCGGCGUCAAGCGCAUCGCCGGCGUCGACACGGCUUCCGUCGCGGGCGACACGGCCGUGUGGGACUGGCGCGGGAGUGGUUGGCUGUUUUUUGUGAGUAGUCAUUGGGAGGUGUUGGGGUGGGGGGAGCGGGUGGUACCCAGGGAAACGGGUGUUGAAGGGGAGGAGGGGGAGGGGGAGGUGGAGACGGAGACGGAGAGGUGGGUUGUGACGUGGUUCGCGCCGACGGUGUUUACGGCCGAGGGUGUGGAUGUGUACAGCGACCGGCGCGGCGGUGCCAGUCAGGGGUUGGUGGCCGAGGUGUUGGCUGAGUUGGGGAGGGUGUGUGAAGGGAAGGGGAAGCUGGGGGAGAUUGUGGGGCGGGAGAUGAAGGAGGUGGCUAUUAAGUUGCCUUGGAAGGAGACGUAA